UCGCGAUUGACAUUUCAUAGCGGCGGUGAUGCCUCUUUCUGCUGCGAGUUCGAGUUCUGUUCGCUCAAUCGCCGAAGAGCCGCCGCCGAAGAAACAGCUUGUUCCGGCGCGGUCGUCGUCUCUGCUACUGCUUCCAGAUGAAAUCAUUCUCAAUUGCUUCGCUCGCGUGCCGAGAUGUUUCUACCCGAUGAUUUCACUCGUCUCCAAGACCUUCAGGCGUCUCAUCGCCUCGCCGGAGAUCUACGUCGAUCGGUCAGUACUUGGCUGCACUGAACGUGUUCUUUAUGUUGUGCUCAGAUCUCACGCUACCGAAACUCCUCGAUGGUACACUCUCAAUUUCAAACCCUUUGAAAAUGAGUCCAAUAACCAUAUAUUGGUCCCGAUUCCGACGUUCCCUCCGAUUCCUUGCUGGGGCAUGUCUAUGGUGGCGCUUGGCUCGGAGAUUUACGUCCUUGGUGGAUGCAUCGAUAACGAAUUGGUCUCCACUGGGUUUGUUGUCCAAUGUCCAUCUCACACUUGUCGCUACCUCCCUAGCAUGAAGCAGGCGCGUGGCUGCGCCGCCGUGGGAUUUGUCGACGGCAAACUAUACGUGAUCGGGGGUUGUGACUCUCAGUCUUCUAAUUGGGUGGAGGCUUUUGACCUCAAGACUCAAACUUGGGAGACUGUCGUGGGUGUUCAUAAUGUGGAGGUGCAUGACUUAACCAUCAGAAGUUUUGUCAUAGAUGAAAAGAUCUACAUCAUGGAUCGUAAGAAUAGCUUUGUUUACGAUCCUAAAGAAGGUAGAUUGGAGAGUGAUGAGUUGUUGGACACACAGUGGAGUGUGGGUUCUUGCGUCAUCGAUGGCAGGUUGUUCACUCUUGGUAGCAAGAAUAAAAUAUGGGUCUUUGAUCCAGUUACGAGGGUUUGGGAUCGCGUGAAGGGUCUCGAACCCCUUCCUGACAAGCGUGAUGGUUGUAGACUGUCCAAUCUUGGUGGAAAUCUUGCUAUUAUGUUUAACCUUAACAAGGGUUCAACUGAAGUUUUUUGCACAGAGAUCAGCUUGGAAAGGAGAGGAGGAAGGAUUUGGGGGACGACCCUGUGGUCUAAUACUGUGAUUACCUUGGAAAAUUCUUCCACCAUUGUACGAUGUCUAGCUGUAACAGUUUGAUAACCUCGUCAGAGGUUGUAAAGCUUCAAGCUUGAUAAUCUGUAAAUGUACCGGAGCAGCUUGGUCUGAUCAAGAUGAAAGAACAUACGGCUUUACUGGAUAGUUGUUGGUAUCCGAAACUUAACAUAGAUAUCUUGUGGAUCUUUCGGCUGGAUGCGAGUACUUUUGCAACUUAUGCCUCUCGCUUCUUUGUUGUACGACUCUUUUAUGUAUGAAACCAUGUUGUAAGAUCAAUAGCUACAAAUAAUAUGUUACCAGUUGUUUAAUUUAGUGUCUGAAAAUUCUGUUC